AUGGAGAACAUCCUCGAGAAGGACGUGCUGAAGUAUUUUCAAGACUUCCCAGAGGGAGCGUAUCGAGUCAUUUAUCAAACUAAAUGGAGUAGUUCGGGGAUCUUUCGAUUGUUGCCAUCACUAUGCCAAUCACUUCUACUCCGACUCGUCUUUUUGUCGUCGACCAUUGACUUACCCACUGUAGAAAAACAAUUUACGAUAACUAAACAAGAGAUCAUACACGUCCUCUCUUUGCUCGAAAGCGUCAAAAUUAUUAAGAAAGUGAUGAUCAAUGGGAAGACCCAAUUCCAAAUGAACGCGGACUUCCAAACCCAUUUGAAGGAAUCUAUUCUUGGCCCAAUGGUGCCAAACUAUGUUGUAAGCGACUGCAAUUUCAGUGUUAAGGAUGCUCUGAUCAAAAAAGCUUCACUGAAUAACGCGGUGAAGAUGUUUGAGGACUUUUUAAUGAAAUUACUGACAUUCAAUGAGUCCCACAAUUUACCCAAAUCGGCGUUUGAACUCUUCAAAGACCUUGAACUUGUCAAUGACGCGGGUUCACAAAUUACAAGAAAGGGGUACCAAUUCUUGUUCCAAGAGACAAAGACACAGAUUUGGAUUCUGAUGCUGAGCAUCUUUGGACCGGCACAGAGGAAGAGAAGGAUGGGGAAGUUGAUCAACGAAUUUUUCGAGUUGACUUAUUUGGCUCCAGAGACAUGUUACAAUGCAGACCCAUUCACAAAAAUCUAUUCUGCAGCACCACUGAUAUUGUUUGAUAUGAUGGGGAUUAUUGCGUAUUCGAAAGAGAAGAACGCACUUGUUGUGACGCCGCUGAUGUCUCUUUUAAGAUCAAAUGCGCUUGUCCCGUCAGACUUGGUGACUAAACCAAGGACAAUCACUGAGACGAAUUACACAGUGUACAUUUACACGGAGAGUUUCUUCCAAGUGAAGUUGUACUCGUUAUUCAUUCGACAGAAUUUGCAAUUAACCAAUUUGUGUGUGGGGAGGAUUACAUAUGAUACUGUGACCGAAGCGUUUUUGAAGGGUAUCACCAACGAAAUGCUUGUCAAUUUUUUGCAACCGAAUUUGCCAAAGAACAUUCAGGCACAAAUCGACUUGUGGAAACGAGAGUUAAAUCGACUGAAAGAGGUGCGGGCGGUCAAAUUUCGAUUUUAUGAGCCCGAACUUGAAGUGCAAAAGGAACUCUACCACUUGACCAAAAGUGAAGCAGAGAAGAUGAAGGGAGUUGUCUUUUAUAAAGAAGAAGAGUUGACCUUGUUUGUCAGGUAUGACGUUGCAGAGAAAAUCAAAGAGUUCUUGCGACGAAAGACUCGAGAAGAGAGUUUCAUCGCACGACUUCGAAAAUCAGAGAGCGACGAGAAGAAGGAAUCAAGAAGCUUUUCGUCAUUCCCACAGCGUGGAAUUAGUCGACAAGAACCUUCUAAAUCCAUUUCCCGCUCCGAGUCAAAGUCGUUCAAAGACCAGCGCUCAAUUUCGCGACCAGAUACUAAAAGACCGCCCAUUUCAAACCCAGGUGUUAAUAAGCGUCUUCCAGAACCAACUCAGAUUAAGUCGGUGCCCACAAAGAAGAGUUAUGUCUUAUCAGACUCCGAUGAUUGA